UUGACCCUUUAGCCUAGUAUAUAUUUGGGUAGUUUAAGAUCUCUGGCUCUUUCACUUCUUUUUCCUCCGGUUUCGACUUCCAAUAAUCAAAACCCUUCACGCAGGAUAACAAUUAUCUGUCUGAAUCUCAGGAAAACACAGCACGCUCCGCAAGGCGUUCAUAAUCCGAAGUCCGAAGAGAAAAAUUACAGAGCAACUACUCAGCUGUCGCUGGAGAGCAAGGAAUUAAUGGCAACGAGUAGCUCAACCACUUGAGAAUGAGAGGGAACGGCAGGUGAUGGCGAGAGUAAAUGACUAUUGAUCGAUCAAGUAAGGUAUUACUCUAAUGGCGGAAAAAGGUGCAUUUAUUGGGAAAACCAUGACCUCUCCACUAACAUCAACUGUACAUCUUUAUUUCAAUUGCAUUAAUGGCGGCUUCCCAAGUCAAACUUGCUUAUAUAUUUAUUAAUUACUUUUCCCUUUUUCCAUUUUUGCCUUAAGAGUACUCCGUUUGCAGAAAUCUGACGAUUUAUUUAUUUUUCUUCUCUGAUUUUGAACUGGAAGCCCGCUCUGCCCGGUUUAGCAUAAUGGGGUUUCAAGACAUAAUCGCCCGACUGUUGUUCUGGACUCUGAUUUUACAGUGCUUUGCCUGUAAUUACGGGAAGAAAUGUAAUGGCUUGUGCGGGGCUGGUUCGAAUUUAGAACUCCCAUACCCAUUUGGAUUCUCUGAAGGGUGUGGAAUAAAGUUGAAUUGUGACAACGGGGUUGUCAAAAUUGGAGAAUUUCAGGUGAAGAAUCUGACCGUUGACAGUAUACUGGUAAAAGUUCCGGCGAGCUGCAGCCGUGGGAUCGAAGAUAUUCUACCUCUUGAUGGCAAGAACUUUAAAAUUUCACCCCGUAACGUUCUUCUUCUAGAAAAUUGUAGCCACCCAUUGCCAGAUUGCAAGGUGUUUAAAAGCUUUAUUGGAUCACCAAGAUGUAGAUUCAGUAAUGAGAGUAUGAGUUGCUACUCGGAGGACAGCAAAGACAUGAGCUUUUUGAACAUCGACCGGCUGAAGCAGUCAAAGUGUGGCAGUGUGCAUUCAUCUAUCACAUUGGAUGACAGCGUUGAUAACGGUGCAAUUCCGAGCUCUGCUAUGUCUCUGCACCUUCAGACUGUGGAGCUUGUGUGGUGGUUGGAUGGGAACUGUAAGUGUCAUCCCAACGGGAAAUGUUCGCCCGUUAAACUUCCAAAGGGAGGAAGCGGUUUCCGGUGCUCGUGUAAGGAUGGAUUCGUUGGAGAUGGCUUCGCGGAUGGUGAUGGUUGCAAGAAAGCUUCUAGUUGCAAUGCCUCCAAGUACAUGUCUGGUAAAUGUGGGGGAACAAGAGUUGGCAUCCUCAUCGUAGGUAAUAACCAUUUCUAUAACAUUUGCUCCAAUUAUUGCUGCUAAGCAUUCAAGACACAAAACCCGUAUGCUGCAGGAGUGGUUCUAGGAGUAUGUUUGACGUCUCUGCUGCUACUCGCCUGCAAUUGCACCCGGAAACGAUCCGCAUCUCUGAAGAAACGAGUCAGUGCAAAGCGGCUAUCAGAAGCUGCAGGCUGCUCCAGCGUCCGUUUAUACCCCUACAAAGAGCUUGAACGGGCAACCAAUGGUUUCUCGGACGAGAUGCGUCUAGGAACAGGUGCGUAUGGCACAGUUUAUGCAGGAAAGCUCUACAAUCACGAACUGGUUGCGAUUAAGCGCUUAAAGCCUCAAGAUGCGGACGGAGUGGAGAAUGUAAUGAACGAGAUCAAACUUCUAUCCUCAGUGAGUCACCCCAACCUUGUCCGCCUCCUAGGUUGUUGCCUCGAGAAUGAUGAACAAAUCCUCGUGUAUGAGUAUAUGCCAAAUGGAACUCUAUCUCACCACCUCCAUGGAAAACAACGUUCGGGACUUCCGUGGCUGAUCCGCCUGAACAUUGCGACCGAAACUGCUCACGCAAUUGCUCACCUCCACUCAUCCAUGAAUCCUCCGAUAUACCAUAGGGACAUAAAGUCCACUAACAUUCUGUUGGAUUUCAGCUACAAAUGCAAGAUAGCUGACUUUGGGCUCUCGAGAUUCGCUAUGACGGACGAUUCCCACAUCUCCACGGCCCCACAAGGGACCCCGGGAUACUUGGACCCGCAGUACCAUCAGAAUUACCAUCUUUCUGACAAGAGCGAUGUCUACAGUUUUGGGGUAGUUCUGUUGGAGAUUAUAACGGCUAAAAAGGUGGUAGACUUCGCUCGGCCCAAUAGUGAGAUCAACCUGGCUGCACUGGCGAUAGAUCGGAUAGGGAAAGGGCGAGUGGACGAGAUAAUUGACCCAUGUCUGGAGCCAAACAGGGAUGCAUGGACACUUUCCUCCAUUCACAGGGUUGCUGAGCUGGCGUUUCGGUGCCUGGCUUUCCACAAGGACAUGAGGCCGUCAAUGACAGAAGUGGCAGAUGAGUUGGAUCAAAUGCGGGUCGGUAGUUGGGAACCGGUGGAGGGUAACAUAUGCAUGACGACGUCGUCAUCUUGCACCUCCCGUCAUAACUGUAGCGAGAGAUCAUUCUGCAGUUCUUUGAAUAAUAAGAAAGUAAUAAAGGAGAGCUCUCCGGUGUCGGUCCGAGACCCAUGGGCAAGCGAUGAGAACUCGCCAUCCGCAGAUAAGUUGUUGGGUAGUGGGGCUGGACAGCAAUGAUCCCAACUGCUAGAUUAGACAGACUGAAUCCUUCUUUAUUUAUUCAUUAUUAUAGCUUGGCUUGUAUCUACGACCAAAACUAGUGAUAGCUAGUAUUGAUCAUUAAAACUUGAACGCCAAACAAGUGUAAUUAACUUGUGUAGUUCUGCUUAGUUUGGGCGUGUGUAUAUGCGAGUACAGUUUUGUUUUGAUGAUGGUGUCCUUUAGGUCUUAAUCAACUAUAAGUGUACAAAUUCACCUAACAAAGUGCAUCAGGAACUUACACAUUGAGUUGACCGGUGAUAGUUUCUGGUAAAUGAGGUGG